AGAAACAAGAUCAUAUGACUGCUAUCAGGAUGUCAACAAAUGUGAAAGGGAAUUUAACUGAAUUAAUGCCAUGAAUCCCAAUGCCGGUUCAAAACCGGGUAUAACGUUAUUUGAGGCUAACGGUCACGUAUUUCUUGGAGCAUAAGGAUGUCAUCCACUCGGGCCUGUCAGUCAACGGUUGUACACAGACUUGCCACAUUACUGCGAAAUAAUGGUGACUCCGUACUGGAUGGUUCCAGUACUCUCACUCUGCAAGUGGGAUGUUUACAGCACCUGACACAACUCUUCGAGCAGCACCUUCUCUCACGAACAUAUCAGCAUGGUUUUCUGGCCCUGCCGUCCCACCCAGCGGACACUGCCUCCCUGCUGGAAGUCCAGUUCCUCUUUGACAUGCUGCAGAAGACAGUAUCCCUCAAGCUUGUUAAUCCGCCUGGUGUGAAAGUACAGUAUGUUGUGAAAAUCUUCCCUUUCAAGUCCCUCAAACAGUUGGAGCUCAAGCGUAUUCCUCCUCAUUAUCUGGAGGGUCUUAGAGGAGUGUAUUCUCAGCUGGAAGUCUUCACUUGCUCAAAAGGUGUCAGCUCUCUAGAGGAGCUUCUCUCUCUGUGUGGAGGAGAUCUCAGCUCAGCUUUACCCUGGUUAGAACUUCAUACCCUUAAUUUCAGUUACAAUUCCAUUUCCCGUCUUGACGAGUCGCUAAGUCUGCUAAAUGUCCUAAAGUGGCUUGACUUGAGCCACAACAAGAUCCAAGAUUGUGUUGAGUUUUUGAAGCCUCUUACUGAACUGGAGCAUCUGAAUUUAGCCUAUAAUAACCUCCAGAGAGCACCAGUGCUGGGCCUCAGUGCCCAAGCCAAACUCACAACCUUGAUCCUUAGAAACAAUGAACUGGAAACUAUCGAUGGAGUGGAGCAGUUAUCAUCACUUCAGUCUCUUGACCUGGCUUAUAACCUUCUUAUGGAGCAUUCUCAGUUGGCACCUUUGUCCCUCCUUCAUAAUCUUAAUACAUUAACUUUGGAAGGAAACCCUUUGUAUUUUCAGAAGACACACAGGGUAUCGACUAUCCACCACCUCUCUCCACAAGCUGUUUUCCAAGGGCUCCAGCUGGAUGGCACCCCUCUGUCCCAAUCUGAUCAGCUGAUCUUACCUAAGCCCGGGCAGCUGGUUGGUCAGCCCUCCCACACUUCUCAACAAGUUUAUAUGGCACCUGACCAAGGAGGGCAGGAAGUGUCCAGUGGAGGCGGGGACAUGACUGACAGUGUGACUGUAAGCAUAUCAGGAGUGACCCAAGUUCCAAAGAGGAAACACAGAAACAAGGUGAAGGUCAGGAGAGCCAGUAUCUCAGAACCCAGUGACACAGACCAUGAGGUCAGAGUGCAGUCUGCAUUACAAGAUAUUGUCCUACCCCAUAAGGAUGACAUUGAGAGAAUGGACAGUUUUCGAGAGCAGUUAGGGGAGGACUGGCUACGCUACCAGCAUCAUCUUGAUGAUACUCCAGUCAACCCAGCUUUCCCAGUAGUGGACAGUGUAACCAAUAAAGUGAACACCAAGUGCCACUAUACACCUCCAUCCCCCCUGCUUAAAACGAACACACCUCCAACCAGUCUGGAGUUGCUCCCUCCUCCGCUGCUGUCCUCUGAACUGAAAGAGGAAGAGGACAAAGAAGAGAUGGAGAGCACAGACCUGCAGCCUGAGACAGAGUCCACCUUGCAGUAUACAGGCCACAGCCCCCCAAACACUGAAUCUACUCUUGAGAUGAGUCUAGGAAACACUCAGUCCACAACUGAGGCCUACUCUGACCCAAAACCACCAGUAGAAGAUGACGACGAUAGGGGAGUGGACCUGUGCAGACCAAUGCUGGUGGGGCUGCUUUUAGAGGAUGUGGAGAGAGAUCAGAAAAGGCCCUCUGAACCGCUUUUCCUACGAGUGCGGCAGGGUCGCCUGCUGGAGGUAGACAUGCACCAGGGGUGUGUUAAAAAACUAGUGGAACUAGACAGUUUGCAAGAUGUCAUGACCACUGAGGCCACCUGCACGGUGGAGAACGUGGAGAUGACUCACCCGGCCCUGGAGCUCCACUUCCGGUACAUUAGUCGUGAAAGACGUAAACGUUCUUACAUAAUGUUGGAUGACAAGCCACAGGAAGCAUUACAGGUAUUAGUGGAGGUUCUCUCAAGAGUCGUGGAGGAAAACAAGCAGCAGUUGGAUGAGGAGAGACCAGAGACAGUUUGGCUACAGUGCCUAAAGUGUCAGACUGAAUUUUGCCAGCCACCAACUGAAUUCGACAGCAGCUUGAGCCACCUGGAUGAGCUAAGGAAUGACCAUGGUCUUGGAUGUGAUCAUGUAGUUCAGUUGGCUGCCCAAUCAGCUCCUUCCACCAGUACACCAUUUGAACAGAAUAAUGCCAGAUACUUUACCUUUGAUGACAGGGACAACAUGGUUCAACCCAAGCUCAAUGAGGCGUUGGUCCCAGGACAGUCUUUGCUAUCCCGUGGCAGCCCACUCCAUUCGCCUCAGCAUUCAGAGGUCUCCACAGAGGGAGCCACAGCUUACUUCCACACAGCCCAUAACUUCCUGUCUAAUUGUUUGACUAACCAUAAUGAGACAUGGGUUGAUCAGAGAACAUCUCAACUAAUCAACUUCAGCACAACUGAUGGACAGGUCCCGGGUAACUCAGAGGAGAUUAAGGAGAAGGUGGCUGAAAAUUCCUGCAACAACAGCUAUCAAAAACAUCUGGACCAACAGUCACCAAAGUACACCGAAGGCUCCAACAAUGCUCAGUUUGACCUGCUGUCAGAGACAGUGGACCAUCGGCUUCAACUGUUCCUGGAUGUGGAAGUGUUUGGGGGAGAAGAGGAGUUUCGCUGCUUUUUAAAGAUGUCCAUUGUGAAGUUUGGGGAUGCAGUGCAGUUCCAUUCUCUUAUGGUUGUGUCGGACCAGUACAUCUACAUCUUAGAAAUCACCUCACAGUCUGAAGGGCAACCCUCAGACUGGCUGCAGAAAAGGGAAAGUCAUCGGUUUUGUGAACUCAGCUAUAUGGAGGUGGGACUGGGCUCUCAGAGUAUCCACCUAGAGUUUGAUGAGGGGGCAGCAGCGUACACACUACUAGUGCGAAACAGUGGCCGCUGCAAAUGGUUCUUCAGCAAGCUUACAGAAAUUGCAAGGGAAUUGGCCCCAAAGUACGAAAGCAAGCUGAAGGGAAUCUCCACCACCCGGCUCAACCCACAGCACCACCUCUGGCAUCUAGUCUGUGAGGAUGCCCUGCCAUGUGAAGAAGACGACAGCCAGCCUCCUUUCCGGUACCUUUUAGCAUUCCUUCAGCAAGGUGAGUGUCUGUGUUUUCCAUGA